AUGUCGAGCAACGAGCAUAGCUCGCCCGUGUCGAGUACUACAUCUUGGUCCCUGCCCUCGUUGACCAGCCUGGAUUUCUCAAAGCCCUCGACCGCGUCGUUUGCGACGGACGCGACGUCGCUCGCGCACGAUCCAAACGGCAGUUUUCCUGGAUACAAGCCCCAGCUACCGGCCUUGUCUGUCGAUCAGGCCUCGCGACGACCGGUGCCAUCAGGCCGUCCAGGAUCUCCCUUUUCUUUUGGAAAUCCACCACCAUAUCCCAGAACAUCCUCUAGUGGGUUAUUUUCCUCUUUGCCUGUCCAUUUGCCCCCUAAAAGCGAGUCUUGUUGGUCAUCGCCAACAGACUUUGCCGCCGGGGAGCCCAAGUCAAGUCCUCCAUGUGGCUCAAAGCAUGCUAACAAACUGUCAACAGCCUACGAUCAAUCUGCGGAGCGCGACCUCGUCCCAGAAAUGGACAUGGAGCAGCAGGAACAAUCCAGACCCGCACCAGGCCUCUAUGGGCCUCCAAGACUUCCUCUAGACCACGAAUCCGCUUCAAGAGAUCAUUUCCCAGAUGGUUUCGACUAUAACAUGCGUCGCCACUCCAUCGCAGCCCUCCAAUCGUCGGAUUCGCAUCAUGUUCAGGCAGACCCCAGCGCUCACAAUGCACGGUCUCCGUUCCACCCGAGUCUCAACAAAUCGCGCAAGGUAUCACACAGUUCCAUGGUUUUCAACGGUCAUACGCCUGUCGAACAAGAAUAUCCCCCAGAAACAUAUCGGUCACCCAUGGAGCCUGAGCCGCCCAAGCGUCGAGCGUCUGCUUUCGACACGAGAGUAAUCGCUCAGAUGAGUCUGAAUGAGCGCAGAGAUUCAGUCGACUCUGCUCGGUUUGUGCCUCCUGGUCCCAAUUGGUGGGACAGGCGGGACUCGACUACGUCGCUUUAUUCAAACGCAUCCGCCUCGAGUAUGGGAGGAUAUGCUAGUUCCUUCUCCGGAGACUCUAAGCAACAGUGGAACCAGCGAACCCCUCAACCUCAGCUCCCAGACACCUUGCCUCCCAAUGCCCGACCCUUCCCUACACUUCCAGACCCACGUACGCCAACUGCCUCUACUCAUGGACCGUCCCCGUAUGAUAGACGCAUGUCUGUCCCCGAUGCAGCGCUCGCUGCCGCGGGUGCUGUGCGCAACUUUCGGUCGCGCUCCCGUCCACCUUCGAGGGGCUUACCGAAUCAAAAUGUUACUCCUCCACAUGUGCCGCAAAUCACGGCCACCCUCGUCAACCCCAACGACCAUUAUGGUGACCCGAACAUGGCGAUGGCACAGCAACCGCAGCAACAGCAACAAACCCCCGUAUCCGCCAAUUCAACUCCCGGCAUGCUCGUCGCACCCAAGGAGGCGGCUACACCCUAUUCGCGAUCUCCGGAGCUUCGUAUUUCGCAUAAGCUGGCGGAGCGCAAGCGAAGAAAGGAGAUGAAGGACUUGUUUGACGAACUUCGAGACAAUCUGCCAGCAGAUCGUGGGAUGAAAUCGAGCAAGUGGGAGAUUCUGAGCAAAGCCAUCGACUAUAUCAAUCAAUUACGCGGUCAGCAGCAUGAUAUGGCUCGCGAGAUUGAGUCGCUGAAAUCCGAGCUUGACGCUGUGCGCGGCGGAGUUCCUGCGACCAACGGCCAUCACUCGUAUGGCCAAUCUACCAAUUAUCAGCAGGGUUCUUACAAUGCUACACCUCCGGGAUCACGCGCUUCACAUUACCCAGCCGCCGGUCCGCCACCGCCUGCAUUGUGA